AUGAUAACGAGCAUAUGGCGGCUCUCACGCUGUGUCAAGUCCAAGACAUCAUGUGGGUGCACAUGGCCGCACUCUAGAUUGCCGAGAUUUCCCCUCCAGGCCUGUUUCGUCCCAGCCAGAGACGGCCUAGUAGAAGAGUGCGCAUUCUUCUACGCUAUUCUCCCAUACGGUAAGGCUUUCCUGGAGAAGUACGAGGAAACAUGGUGUUGCCUGACCAAGGAUCCGUUGCUCACCCUCAACCUCUGGGACGACGACAAGGAGGAUGUUCCCGUAGCAUGGACCUCACGCAUCCAACAAGCUUCACGGGGCAUAGAUGUUCUCGACUGUCACCCAUCAGACAACAAUUUCCUCGUGCUAUAUGUUCGAAAGCCUAGUGAGGAAGACCUGAAACGCGAUCCAAUCUCGGUCAAAGCUUUUAGAGAUCGCACGUUGGCCACUGUGGCUCUGCAGAACAACAAGGAGCAAUAG